AUGUUUGCCUCCCUCCAGUGGGCAACCCCAGGCAGUGCAGGACUGGACCUCUGUGCCGCCACCAACACAGUACUAGACUCUAUACAAGGACCUCAAAUAAUAUCCACUGGGACCCUGGGACCCCCUCCAUCUCAUAUGUGUGCCCUUAUUCUUGGAAGAGCCUCUGCUACCUUACAAGGUGUCCAAGUUUUUCCUGGUAUUAUUGAUAAUGAUUAUACAGGAGAAAUAAAAAUUUUGGCCAUGGCCAUUAAUGGAAUUACAGUUAUUCCAGCUGGAACUAGGCUUGCACAAUUGAUACUGCUCCCAUUAAAGUCAGGGGGUUCUUCCACUGCUCAGACCACACCGCGAGGAACUGCUUCUUUGGGGUCUUCUGAUGCGUAUUAG